UUGUCUCAUCUUUUCUUCUCCCUCCAAUCCUACCAUGCAACUCCAGCUCGGAGAGGGCAAGAAAAGUUGUUGAUUAGCCACCCCUAAUCUAAACACACACAUCUUUCACUUUGCCGCCGUCUGUCGUUGCCAACACCACCGCGACAAAUACUCACGAACCACCUCGUGAGCACGGCUUUCCCGACAGGCGGCCAAGAUGAAUGACCUCUUCUCAAAUUCUUUCAAAAAUGCACAGGGCAACGACCUCGAGGCUGGCGGAGGCGAUGGUCGCUCUGAGGGCGUCAACCUCGAUAAAUUCUUUGACGACGUCGAGAAUGUCAAGAAGGACAUGGGCGACGUCGAGAAGCUCUACAAGCGGCUGCAGGAAUCCAACGAGGAGAGCAAAACGGCCCAUAAUGCCAAGACUGUUAAGGACUUACGGGCCCGCAUGGACGCUGACGUGUCACAGGUUUUAAAGCGGGUAAAACUCAUUAAAGGCAAGUUGGAGGCAUUGGAAAAGUCCAAUGCCACCAACAGGAAGGUCCCAGGCUGUGGCCCAGGGUCUUCAGCUGACAGGACACGAACCUCAGUAGUUAGUGGCCUGGGAAAAAAGCUGAAGACCAUGAUGGACGAGUUCCAGGGCCUGCGGGCCCGCAUGAAUGAUGAGUACAAGGAGACCGUCGGGCGGCGUUACUUCACCGUGACCGGCCAGAAGGCUGACGAGGAGCUAAUCGAGAACCUAAUCUCGAGCGGCGAGAGCGAGUCGUUCAUGCAAAAGGCGAUCCAAGAGCAGGGGCGGGGCCAGAUAAUGGACGCGAUCUCCGAGAUCCAGGAACGACACGACGCCGUGAAGGAGAUCGAGAAAAAUCUAAUUGAGCUCCACCAGAUCUUCCUUGACAUGGCGGCACUCGUGGAGGCUCAGGGGCAACAGCUCAACGACAUCGAGAGCCACGUGGCGCACGCGAGCUCGUUCGUGCGGCGGGGGACGGAGCAGUUACAGGACGCGCGUGAGUACCAAAAGGAGUCACGAAAGUGGUAUUACUACGCCGUUUUGCUCGUCAUAAUCCUCAUAAUUUUUAUAACAUUCCCACUAUGGUCAAAUCUUGUGAUGGCGAAAUUGAUUUAGAAAUUAAUUGUGAUUUUUGUGUGUAAUUCAAUUAAUCGUCUAAGAUAUAUUCAUAUAGGUUAUGGUUUUUACUUUCCUUUUUUCGGAUGGCAUGUGUAGCCAAAAUGAUCUCAUUUUUACGGUGCAUUUUGGCAGCUUUCCGAAAUAGGAAAUUUUUGUUGUUUAGCAAUUACUAAUAUAUGUUGGAUUUGGAUUUUAUCUUCUGUUGAGAAUGGAACGAAUCUACAUUCAUUUGCUGGAUUCCACUUUUA